CUUUUCCUGCCCCCCCCCCCGCAUAGCUACCGAUCCCCAAACAACGGCAAGGGGCUCAAGACAUGGCCUUGAGCAGUAUAUAUCAAAAGUCCCGGUGAGGAGAUCGGCCCUCCAUCGCCGACAGCUCGAUUUCCCAGCACUCAACAAUCGAAAUGAAGUUGCUCGCCAUCGUGACUGCUCUUCUCGCCUGCUUCACCCACCGGUCCGCCCAAGCCCUUCCCUAUGUGCCUUCCGGUGCCCAGGUUCUCAACAUCACCUACGACGGAGUUGGAUGCCCUGGCGGCUCCGUCGGCCACACCUCGUUCGGCAGUAGUACUGGAUUUACCCUGAUCUUUGACUCGCUCAUCGCCCAUGCCGAUGUCAAUGCCAGUAUCGCCGAUGCCACAAGCUCCUGCAAUAUCGCCAUCUCUCUUGCGGUUCCAUCGGGCUGGUAUCUGACAGCACCGCAGAUCCAAGUCCGAGGUUUCGUCGAGCUCCCUCCAGGCGGCUUGGCCUAUCUGAUUCAGUCCCACAGAUUCAGUCCCACAGAUUCAGAGGAACAUCUCGACACGGCUCUAAGAUUCAAGUCUUUGCCGGACCCGUUGCCGGAAGCGAGUACAUGCGAUCGGUCGCCUAUCCGAUACCGCCGUCUCCAAGCUGCCUCUCGAGCCAGAGCGGCGGAGGCUCGACCGUCGCCAUCCUGGAGAUUCAGACAACAGUCCGCCUCGUCGUGCCGCCCGGGUCUAUCGGCCAAAUCACCGUCGACUCUGAGGACAGCAGUCUUUCAGGCAAUGUGUCGUGCUAAAGGACAUUCGCAUACUUGCAGCCCUCGCAGGCUAUCUUUUACGACUCCCAGCUGCCCUGUAUCUUUCCGCUCUUGACCCUGAAUAUACAUGCUCAUUCAAUGCA